AUGUGGAAACUCGUCACACUACUAUUCCUCACUCUCCUUUCUACAGUAACCCCAACCGAUGUUCUUCAACAACGCCUUCAAACUGAGCUACUAAUCAAUCAGGUAAAUUCUGCUCAGCAAUUGUGGACCGCUGGACACCAAGAUGCUCCGAAAGAGCGGAUUCUGAAAUACCUGAUGAAAGCAGAGCAUGUGAAACCUCAUCGAGAGGAGGAUGUUGUUCAAGUCGACGUCGCCGAUGCUAUCCCAGAUCACUAUGAUGUCAGAGACCACUUUUCUCAAUGCAUCUCCGUGAACAACAUUCGAGACCAAUCGCACUGCGGAUCGUGUUGGGCUGUCGCUGCCGCUGAAGCAAUUUCCGACAGAACUUGUAUAGCAUCGAAUGGAGUUGUCAACACUCUGUUGUCCGCUGAAGACAUUCUCACGUGUUGUAUCGGAGAGUAUUAUUGUGGUGAUGGUUGCGAAGGAGGUUACCCAAUCCAAGCCUGGAAGUACUGGGUCAAAAACGGACUCGUCACCGGAGGAUCCUACGAAUCUCAAUUCGGAUGCAAGCCAUACUCCAUCGCCCCAUGCGGACAGACUGUCAACGGUGUCACCUGGCCAAAGUGCCCGAAUAGUGACGCGGAUACCCCUAAGUGUGUAGAUCACUGCACCUCGAAUAGCUCCUACCCGAUUCCAUAUGAGAAGGAUAAGCAUUAUGGAGCCACUGCUUAUGCAGUCAGUCGUAAAGUCGAUCAAAUCCAAUCGGAGAUCCUUAAAAACGGCCCGGUCGAGGUGGGAUUCACGGUGUAUGCUGACUUUUAUCAAUACAAAUCGGGAGUCUACGUUCAUGUCGCUGGACCAGAACUCGGUGGCCAUGCAGUCAAGUUGCUUGGAUGGGGAGUGGAUAAUGGGACUCCGUAUUGGCUCGCUGCGAAUUCAUGGAACACGAAUUGGGGGGAGAAUGGGUAUUUCAGAAUUCUGCGAGGAGUGAAUGAGUGUGGAAUCGAGUCGCAAGUGGUGGCAGGGAUGCCCGAUUUGGAGAGACAUAAUUGA